UUUAUCCUCUGAUCCUCGACCAGAUAUUUGCAUAUUAUACUCUGGUUUCACUUUAGGGUAGUGGAGCUCACAUUUCAGUAAUCCUGGCCGUUCAUCUGUUGCAUCCUGUAGUAGAUAGACCAUGUUCCAAAAUUCCCUAGAUGGAACGAUCCUCUCUUCUUUUCUUUUUUUUUUUGGUGGCCUAAAAGAAUACGGUUAAUGAGAGGAAUACAGCACCGGUGCACGUUCAACUGGAAAGGUCCUAAGAUUAAUGGCCAGGAUGAAAUCUGAGAGAUUAUUUCACAUGGUCAAUUACAGUGGUCUAAAUAUACCAACGGUCUGGAUUAGAAAAAAAUGGCCCCCACUUGUCUGAUCUGAAAACCGGAGUAUACCCUGCAAGGUCUCUGGUGGAAUUCGGCUAGUCAUUGCCCAUUGGAGCGCGUUCGAGAUCUGGACAUGGAUCACACCUGAUGAAUGGCCCAGAUUGACCUCUGUUCAAUCGUUUUAUUUUCCGCUGAUCUAUCAUGACGAUGGAACAUCCCACUCGUGAAAAUGAUGGAUCAUACCAUGAAGUAAGCUGGAGAGAAAAUCGAAAAUAUCCACUCAUCAGGUGGGCCACACGCAAAAGAUUAAGUCAGAUAGCUGUUCAUAUGUUUCAACUGCGUAGCUCGCUUGAUAAAUGGUCCAUUCUGGUUUUAGGCCAUGUUGAUCUCUAAGAUGCGGCCCACCUUUUGCACGGCUCAGAUUUCAUACACAGAUAGUAUAUCAGCUGAAAAUAAAAAUGUCGUAUGUUUAGUUAAAACGACAGCGUUGUAUGUAAAUGCUCGGGGUGGAAGCAAGAGAAACGUUCGGGCCGGCAAUGGCACCUGGUGCAUUGCGAAACCGUCGGCCGACGAAACGAAGCUGCAAGACAACAUCGAGUACAGUUGCAAGCAACCACGGGUCGACUGCCGCGGCAUCGGGAGCGGGGGUGCAUGUUUCAUGCCAAACAAUGUCGUGUCUCAUGCAUCAGUGGCCAUGAAUCUCUACUACAAGGCGGUCGGGAUGCAUGAAUGGGAUUGCUACUUCAACGGCACGGCACUGAUUGUGCGAGAUGACCCAUCCAUUGGAAAAUGUAGGUAUACAUGAGAGCAUUGCAAUGGUAUGUUUUUUUUCUCAUUUUCUUCAUUUUCUUUGGCCUUUGUUCUCAUGUAAUGUUCCUUUCUUUAUCUUUGUAAGAUUUUGAGUGUUUUCUAAGUACUAAAAUGUUAUGUUUUCCUCUC